CUCUUACAAGGCGGGGUGGACUGGCCCUUUAAGAGGGAUAAAGACAACAGCUCCGCACGAGCCGAGCGCGUCGAUGCCGCGCGCUACAUUUCAUCAGUAAUUUUUACAGCAGCUACCGCAGGGAUCGUUAGACUCUAUCGUGAUUUAUAUAGGUUUAUUUAAAGUGUACUUAAAUGUUUUAAAAGACAGGAGGAGAAAUGCGACGCUGUGCCGAGCCGGUUGGCUCUGUGGUGCGUGAUUGAUUCGGAUGUCCUGCACACCAGUCUGGCUGUGCAACCUUCUCUUGACAGGUCGCUAGGGGAGCUUCACUAACAACAAGAAAGAGGUGGAGGAAAAAAACAAAUCAAUCAUGGAAGACAAGCGCAAGAAACGCAGCCCUAAGGUGUCUCUCCCUCAGCCCCCUCCUCCACCUAUCAACCCCCGCAAGCUUUCCGUCCUGCCUGCCAGCAAAAGUGCUACCUUCUCUCUUGGCCUGCCGCAGCCUCCCUCCCCUAAGAACAGAAACAAGUACAAAAGAUCCAUAGGAGCUCCAGGACAGCCUAAGGAGGUGUUUACGGCUGUAGUAGCUCCACCAAAGAUCACCAGAGCCCACAGGGAGAAGCCUAGAGCCCCACAGCCAGCAGGGCCAAGUAAAGUAGUCCAGUCUUCCCCCCUGCAGCACUCCUUCCUCACAGACGUUUCAGACGUGAGAGAGAUGGAAGGAGGCCUCCUCAACCUCCUCAAUGACUUCCACUCAGGGAAAUUACAAGCUUUUGGUAAGGUCUGUUCCUUUGAGCAGCUGGAACAUGUACGUGAGAUGCAGGAGAAGCUGGCGCGACUGCACUUCAGCCUUGACAGCCAUGUGGAGGAGCUUUCUGAGGACCAGAGGAAAUGCGCUUCUGACCACAACCUGGAACACCUGCUCUGCAAUCUGGAGGAGCUCAGCACGUCGAUACAAAAACUCCACUUGGCUGAGAACCAGGACCUGCCCAAAACAUCUGGUCCUUGACAAAGCAAGGUGCUCAGGCUGGCGACCACACACUCAUCAUCUCCCAACAUCUAACAACAUCCAGGUUGCCAUGGCAUUGAUCCAGCUGCCUUAGCAACAGAGUGGAAAGAUUCACAGGAGGAGGGGCUAUUUUUCCAUUUGGUCAGUCAAGCUGAGGAAACCUUUUAGAGACUGGAGGCGGCAUAGCAUUAAAUGAAUGCUUGACCAGAAUUAUAAACCCCUCAUUCAUAGCACACACACACACGCAAAAAAUAAAUAAAUAAAUAAAAUGCUUUAAUGGGCAGGAAUGUGAUAGAAUUAAUUUGAGUUUUUGAACAUUUUGUUACACCAACUAACUUGUCUUCAGUUGGUUUUUAAGUAAUUUAUUUAUUUAUUUGAAUCCAGGCGAGUGUGGCCAUUAGAUCUGUUUUCUUUGUUAAAAAGCACAUUUUGUGAGCUCUCAUAUAUUUAUACUUAAUUUCAUAUUAUUAUGAAUGAUCUGCUUCACUUUAGAGAGCACAUGUUGACUACCAGUCAAAAUUUUGAACACACUUUCCCGUUACAUUUAAUGAGAAAGUGUGUCCAAACGUCUGUCUGGUAUGUUAAUACAAAGCUAAGAAAACUGCACCAUAUUUAAGUAGCAAACCUAUUUGGCCUUUUAGACAAUACCACUGUUUUAGCCGUUAAGUUUCAAGGGAGUUUUGCUACUAAUCAGAAAGCCCUCCCUCAUUUUUAUACGUUUGCUUAAAAUUUGUAACUAGAAAGGUUGGGUUUGGAAACCUAGUGUUUAAAAUGUCUGAUUAUAUGUACUGUACAUUGUUGAGAUAAUGUUCUGAUUGUGUACAGCUCAGAAACUGCAUUUGUUGAGAUUGUCUUGUGGCUUAUUUUUCAAUGAGAUCCAGUUGCAACACCCUUCCAUGCUACUGAAAUGCUGCAAAAUCAUCUGUUAUAAGUUGGAAAGGCUGUGUGCACAGUCUAAUGCAGGAAGCCUUCUUUUGUCCAAAUGUGCUGGAAAGCCUGAAUACAGCCUAAUGCAGCCGGUGUUUCUGUACAAUGCUAUAUCAAAAUGGCAGCUACUUUCAUAGUUAACAUUUUAUGAAAUAAGAUUAUUUAUGUUUAAUUAAAACCUUGCUCCUUUGGCUACUAUAUUCCACCCCUGACAAGCCAACUGUGAUGAACUGAAGUAUGAAAAUACUGGAUUUAGAUACUGCUUCCUCCAGUUCAAGGCCUCAUAUAUUCUGAUUGUUUUAGACAUAAAGAGAGAAUAUCGCCCGAACACGAGCCAUCAUUGGCUUUAUAUGUCAUGAUUUAAACAGGACAUUCUGAAAAUUUUAAACAAAAACAUCUCAUGUGCAUCCAGCAACUGAACCCAUUAAUAAAUACAAUUUCUGGAA